CGCGGAGGCGGUGGCGGCGGCGCCGGGAGCGUUGGGAGCGUUGUUGGGAGCGGCGGCCGCGGGGAUGGGCUCGGGGUGGGUGCUGUGGGGGGCGGCGGCGCUGCUGCUGCUGCACGUCCUGAUGGCCGUCAGCCCCGCCGUCAACUUCGCGCUGCGGAUGGGCUUUUAUUACCUGCUCUUCUUCGUGUCCUCCGCGCUCACCGCGCCCGUCUGCAUCCUCGUCAACGGCGGCCGCACCGUCAAGAACAUGAGAAUCAUCAAAACUGUCGUCAAGACCUUCAAGUAUUUCUUUGGCCUGAGGUUUGAGGUGAAGGGACUGGAGAACUUUAAUGUGGAGGGCCCUGCUAUCAUUGUGUCCAACCACCAGAGCGUCCUCGACAUGAUGGGGCUGAUGGAGGUCCUGCCCGACGACUGUGUCCAGGUGGGCAAGAAGGAGCUGAUGUACGCCGGCACCGUGGGGCUCAUCAUCUACCUCGGUGGUGUCAUCUUCAUCAACAGGAAGAGCACCAGCAGUGCCAAGAUGGUGAUGGCAGAGGUGGCCAAGACUAUGGCAACUGACAACGUGAAGGUGUGGGUGUACCCAGAGGGCACGAGGAACUGCACAGGGGACUUGCUGCCAUUCAAGAAAGGAGCAUUUCACCUUGCUGUCCAGGCACAGGUCCCAGUGAUCCCCGUGGUGUAUUCCUCCUUCACCACCUUCUAUAACCCAAAGAAGAACCUAUUUACAUCAGGCAAAAUCAAGGUUGAGGUUCUGCCUCCAAUAGAGACCAAAGGCCUGACGUCGGACGAUGUCUCUGACCUCACCGACAGGUGCUUCCGCACCAUGAGGGAGACCCUCUUCAGGCUGUCUGGCCAUCCUAGCGAGGCGAAGGACUCAUCCUAGAUGCUUCUCCAGUGGCGUCACCGCGUGGUGGUGGCCGAAGGGACCUGUCUGUUGCCAAAUACCGAAGGAACUUCUCUUCCUGUGCAGUUGACUUCAGACUCUGGGAAUACCAUGGACGCACGGGGUGUCGAGCCAGCGCUGAGGUUCCCUGUUGAGUGGAUUUCUCUUAUGGGUUCAUUAUCUCACAAUGAUACGUCUCCUUUUUCUGAAUUUCUCAGGCAUCAAACUUGUGCUACCAAAGGGCUCAAUGACCAGGGAGGUAAGUUCCCCCAGCUCAGGCAGCUGACGUGGGGUGACCACGAAAGCCUGACCGGAGGUUGGGCUCUGCCUCAUGUGAGUGUUCCUGCUCCCGUGUUCCUGCAGGCUCAGCUGGUGCUGGCCUGGAUUCAACCCCCCAGGCAGCAGUUUGUAUCUGUACAGCCUCGAUGCUGCUGAAACAGGGCUGAGAAUCGGGUGUAAAUCUGGAUUCUGACCCUUUGGCAGCACUGGGAGUGCGAUGUCCUCCCCGGGCAGCCCAGAGCUCUGCCAUCCGGCACAGUGCAGCUCACACGUGGCCUCACCUGUCUCCUUGAGAGACACCCUUGGGUCACCGCAGCAUCUUGUGCUGGGGCUCUGUGUUACCCAGGCACUCUGAGCCAAGUAUUUCACUUCUGGAAAAAGCACUUGGGGCCAAUAACCUCAGCUGGGCUGCCAAGGGGAGUGUGUGGGGCCGGUCCGCCUUAUAGCAUCUCCUUGGCUUGAUUGCCUCGUCUGAACAAGUGCUCUUGCUCAGUGAGUGGGGGCAGCAGCGGAGAGGGAGGCUGUGGUCUGACCAAGCCAGGAUUUAUGGUCUGGGCAGAGUUUAGCUGAGUGCUAUCCGGCCUCGCCAGUUUAGUCGUCUCCCAAACAAAACCCCACACUCGUUUCUACCAUUUAGAGCCACCAGCUUUGUUUUCAAAAGUGCACAGAUCUGUCGGAGUCUUGGGAAACCUCACGUGUGACACCUCUGAGCGCUGUGUGUGACGUGACUUGUCUUGGCUAAGAGCUUCCUUGGCGUCAGGAAGCCAUGCUCCCUCUCCUGGUGGUGGUCACAGCUGGUGUCCUGGUGCCU